CCCACAGGAGCUGCAGGCUGAAGCCGGCAUGAGUGCCAGCACGGGGGGCAGUGGUGGUGACAGCGGUGGCAGCAGCAGCAGGUAGGGCUCAGCUGCAACAGCUCGCAGGCCUCCUGUGGGCCUGAGUCUUCAGGCUCCGAACUGGCCCCCGCCAUGCCAGCACCACAGAUGCUGCCAGGGCUGCUAGGGUCUGACGAGGAGGAACAGGAAGACCCCAAGGAUUACUGCAAGGGUGGCUACUAUCCAGUGAAGAUUGGUGACCUGUUCAAUGGGCGCUACCACGUGGUGCGCAAGUUGGGCUGGGGUCACUUCUCCACCGUGUGGCUCUGUUGGGACAUCCAGCGCAAGCGCUUUGUGGCCCUGAAAGUGGUGAAGAGUGCAGGACAUUACACGGAGACAGCUGUGGAUGAGAUCAAGCUCCUGAAAUGCGUUCGGGACAGCGACCCCAGUGACCCCAAAAGGGAGACCAUCGUUCAGCUCAUAGAUGACUUCCGGAUCUCAGGGGUCAAUGGAGUCCACGUGUGCAUGGUGCUGGAGGUCUUGGGCCACCAGCUCCUCAGGUGGAUCAUCAAGUCCAACUACCAGGGCCUGCCUGUGCCCUGCGUGAAGAGCAUCGUGAGGCAGGUGCUGCACGGCCUAGACUACCUGCACACCAAGUGCAAGAUCAUCCACACGGACAUCAAGCCUGAGAACAUCCUGCUGUGUGUGGGCGACACCUACAUCAGACGCCUGGCUGCUGAGGCCACUGAGUGGCAGCAGUCAGGGGCCCCACCGCCAUCCCGCUCCACAGUCAGCACUGCCCCCCAGGAGGUCCUGACUGGUAAACUGUCAAAAAACAAGCGGAAAAAGAUGAGGCGCAAAAGGAAACUGCAGAAGCGGCUACUGGAGGAGCGGCUGCGGGACCUGCAGCGGCUGGAGGCCAUGGAGGCUGUGGGCCAGGCUGAGGACUCCGGCUCGAGACUCGAGGGGGGCAGUGGCUCCACCUCCUCCUCAGGGUGCCACCCUGGGGGUGCCCAGGCCAGUACCUCCCCAGUGUCCUCCUCCCCCGCUCCUGAGGGUCACCGGAGCCUCAGCCCUAGCUCGCAGACAUCAGGCUUCUCAGGCUCCUUGUUCUCUGCGGUCUCCUGCUCAAUCCUCUCCGGCUCAUCCAACCAGCGUGAGACGGGGGGCCUCCUGUCACCCAGCGCACCUUUUGGUGCCCUGAACCUCCUAGUGAACCCUCUGGAGCCCCAGAAUGCAGACAAGAUCAAGGUCAAGAUUGCAGACCUGGGCAACGCCUGCUGGGUGCACAAGCACUUCACGGAGGACAUCCAGACGCGGCAGUACCGAGCUGUGGAGGUGCUCAUUGGCGCCGAGUACGGGCCACCAGCAGACAUCUGGAGCACAGCCUGCAUGGCCUUUGAGUUGGCCACUGGCGACUACCUGUUCGAGCCCCAUUCUGGAGAAGACUACAGCCGUGACGAGGACCACAUCGCGCACAUUGUGGAGCUCCUGGGCGACAUCCCCCCGGCCUUCGCCCUCUCUGGACGCUACUCCCGGGAGUUCUUCAACAGGAGAGGAGAGCUGCGGCACAUCCACAACCUCAAGCACUGGGGCCUGUACGAGGUGCUCAUGGAGAAGUACGAGUGGCCCCUGGAACAGGCCACACAGUUCAGCGCCUUCCUGCUGCCCAUGAUGGAGUACCUGCCCGAAAAGCGCGCCAGCGCUGCCGACUGCCUGCAGCACCCGUGGCUCAACCCCUAGGCCCUCUGCCCUGCCUGUGCGCACAGCACCCUUCCACUGGGGGCGGC